CUAUCUGUAAGCGGCGAGAGACGUCAUGUUACUGCUGAACAAGGUAGCAUACGUUAGCCGUUCGUCAAUAUACAUUGUAGGUUAGGACAUGAAUCGUACGUUAGGUCUAUGAUAUUAUAGGAAAAAUUCUCUUUACCACAUCCCGGUCGAUGUUUAUGGAUUUCCAGAAGUUGACGUGUCUUUGAGCGGACUUCCAGGUAAAGUUACGAAAAUGCCAUUGCACGGGAAAAUAGUCGUGAUUAAGAGGAGUGGAGGCGACGGGACUGAGUUUCCUCUUAUUUCAACAUGCCUAAUUGGAAGGAGGACUGACUGCGAUAUUCGUAUUCAGCUCCCUCAAGUCUCCAAGGAGCAUUGCAAAAUUGACUUGAAUGAAAAUAAAGAGGUCAUUUUGACAAAUUUGAGCUCAGUGACUCCAACUUGUUUGAACGGAGAGGCUCUGCAUCAGUCUGAGCGUUUGAAGCAUGGAGAUGUGAUAACUGUUAUUGACCGUUCUUUUAGGUUUGAGUACCCUCCACCACCAACUCCAAAGAAGAGGUCUUCCAAAGGAGGCAAAUCUGAAACCCUCAAAGUUCUUCAAGAUCAGCAAGUGGGGGCCACUGUCACCACCGAAACAGGAGAAAAAAGGAUCUCUGAAGUUACCACCGACCCUCAUCUGAAAGAUGGAACUAACAAUGACAACAUCCAGCGACCCCUGGAGAAAACUGUGGAGAUGGAAACUAAGGAGGUCGAUAGCCAAAGCAAGACCAGCUCCCCCUUCAGCGAUCUGUAUCAAAUGAUCAAAAAAUCUCUGGAUGUCAAGACCCCUCGGGUAUCUUCUGCCAGUGUGCUUCAAACACCUACCUCAAGGUUUUGCACUCCAAAACCUGGUUCAGUGAGGAAAAAUGAUGGAAAACCUGUCCUUUCAUCAGAAGAGAAGAUCACUCCAAAGAAGGAUGAAGUUAAAGUUUCCCCUGUAGCUGACAAAACUACGGGGGAGGCCGAAAAUGUAACUAACGGAACCCCCAAGUCUGUUAAGAAGCAGAGGAGGUCCUUCCAGGUUCCUUCUGCUGAGGUGGCCAGACCUGAAGUUGGGGAAGCUGAAAAUGUUGCCAACUCUGAAGCAACUUCACCCGAGAAGCGAAGCCGUACACCCCCCCAGAGGUUCAGUGCAUGUGAGGUGGAGCCCAAAUCCCCCGUGAGACGGAGAAGCAAGGAGGCCGAACCUGCCGUGACUGAGGAGCAAGAUCCAGCAGUGACUCCCACCAAAACGGAUGGUCUUAGAAGGUCAUCGCCAAGGAAUUCUGGGAAAGAGGCGUCCAAAAAACGCAAAUAUGGAGAGGUGCUGGCCGACUCUCCCACACCACAAAUGAAAAGGAAACGGGUUUCCUUUGGAGGAUACCUGUGUCCUGAGUUGUUUGACAAACGUCUGCCUCCUGACUCUCCAUUAUGCAAGGGGGCCACUCCACGGAGAAGCUUGUGUGUCUCUAGACCCAAGCAGUCACUCCUCAGACGAGCGUCAGCCAUUGGUUUGCGACAGGAGUUCAAAGAAGAGCAUCCAGAUAGCCCUAAUGUGGCUGCAAAAAUGAGGACCCCGUCACCUAAGUCAUCAAAGAAGUCACCAAAACCCAGGACCCCCUCUCCCAAAGCUGCGCCUCCUGCAAGAAGGUCACCAAAAUCUAAGAGUCCUUCGCCUGCCAGAGGAAGGUCUCCCAUUGUUAGUGUAUCACCAGGAGUCCAGACCCCAUUAAUAAAAGGGCGCUUCUCUGUGUCACACAUCAGCACACCAUCUCCCAUUGCAGAUGAUGCUGUAACUGAUCAGGUGCCUUUAGUCACUGCAACUCCUAAAAUACCCCUGAGGAGAAAGAGCAUGUCCCGGGAGACUCCAAGUACCUCAAAGAGUGCUGUAAAAGCAAUGCGCAGAAGAAGUGGCAUUUCACGGGCAUCUCUGAAAGUCAAAAAUUCUUGGGCAGACAUUGUGAGAUUUGGGCCAACUAAGCCUCAAGUCGCUGUUCCAGCUAAAAAGACGGUCACCAAAAAGGCAACAAAGAAGAUUGUGUCUAAACCACAGACCCCUGCAAGAAAACUCAAAGACCAUGUCAGCACUGGACAUGCAGACUCACCUGUUACCAUUGUUGUGGGCAGAGCUCACAAACAAAAGGUUAUAUAUCCAACUGGUGCUGCGCCAAGACUGGUCACCAAUAUCGCACUCCUAAAAAAGAACAUGAAAAUGGAUGAGGACUUGAGUGGAAUUUCGGAAAUGUUAAAGACCCCUGUAAUAGAUAGGAAGAGGAGAUCAGUAAUUGAUGAGAACGAUGCCACAAAGACACCAGUGGGAGGUCUAGCAACAUCUGUGGUAGAACCAUCAGUGUUGAACACACCGGAGGAGUCAGGUGAAAUGAUUGUGUCUCCACUGAGUUUUUCAUCUACUGUAAAAGUCAGAAGUUACAACACUGAAGCAGUCCAACGUCUCCUUGAUGAUGACCAUGAAUCUAGCAUUGUCAGUGACACCCCUGCCUUAGAGACUCACUCUGACGAUUGCAGCGAACAGCAGUGUGUAGUUUUGAAGACUACUUCUGUAACACCUCUCAAACAGAAGCCAGAUUUGCCAGAGUGUCUCACCGGAGUAAAGAGGAUCAUGAAGACGCCAAGACAGAAGGCCGAGCCUGUUGAGGACUUGAGAGGGAAGAUUUUGAAGACCCCUAAGCAGAGACCCGAACAACAGGAGUGUCUCACCGGAGUCAAGAGGAUCAUGAAGACCCCAAGACAGAAAGCCGAGCCUGUUGAGGACAUCAGAGGGAGGAUUUUGAAGACCCCUAAGCAGAAACCCGAACAACAAGAGUGUCUCACUGGGGUCAAGAGGAUGAUGACCACCCCAAGACAGGAACCUGAGCCUGUAGAGGACAUCAAAGUGGAACUUCUGACAACUCCCAAGCAGAAGCCUGAACAACAGUGUCUCAGCGGGGUUAAGAGGAUUUGUAAGACCACUCAACAGGAGGCUGAACCUCUUGAAGAUGUUCAAGGAAAACUGCUGCAAACUCCCAAAGCUCUAGAAGCUAGUGAUGAGCAAACGGUGGAGACGCUAGCAGACAUGCAAGAAUCUGAAGACCUAACUGAAAUGACAGACGUGAACACUCCAGAAGUAAAAAGCUCCCCAUUGGUACCUCCCAAAGAAACGGCCAAACCUGUUGAGACCUUUGGUAUCAAGAGGCAGAGUCGUGGUGCACCAGAGGAAGACUUUGGGGGACUUCAGGAGUUUACGGAGGAGGCACUGGCUGAACCCACAGGACAACUUGAGACAAAUGAGGUUGAGGGUCAAACGGCUCCAGAUUGUGAUGAAGAUGUAGCAAAAGAAGAAGCGGAUGCAAAUGAAGUUGUUGUUGAUGACCACAUGGAGGAGGUGCCAAGUGGACACAAUGAAUCAUUAGGUGCCGUGGAAACAAUCUCUCAAGCAUCUGUAGAUGAGGAUAUAUCUGUGGAAGAACCCACAGUGGACGCAGCAGAUGAGAAUGCCUCUGGAGAACAACCCGCAGUGGACGCAGCAGAUGAGAAUGCAUCUGGAGAACAACCCACAGUGGACGCAGUAGAUGGGAAUGCAUCUGGAGAACAACCUGCAGUAGAUGAGAAUACAACUGAAGAACAACCCACAGUGGACGCGGUAGAUGAGAAUACAUCUGAAGAACAACCCGCAGUAGACAUGGUAGAUGAGAUUGUACCUGAAGAACAACCCACAGUAGAUGCAGCAGAUGAGAAUAUAUCUGAACAACCCACAGUGGAUGCGGUAGAUGAGACUCUAUCUGAAGAACCCACAGUGGAGACUGCUACUGGGAAAGUCACCGAAAUAAUGGACACAACUGCCACCGAAGCGGAGCAUGAGAAGAAAUCAGUUCGAGGCAGAAGGGCAAAAACAGCUGAGGAUAAACAAGAGGCAGCAGAACCGUCUGAAGAUCCUGUCGUCCCUGCUCCAGUCAGAGGAAGAAGAGGGAAGAAAACUGAAGCUGCAGCCCCACCUGCUGUGAGACAAACUAGAGGCAGAAAUGCAAAGUCUCAAGAAGGCGGCGGUGUUGAGCCCACAAUGGAGGAAAGUACGUCCCUGCCUCCCAAAGUUGUCCUUAAGCCUAAAAGAGGAAGAAAUGCCAAAACCGCCUCCGAUGAGCAACCUGGGCUGGUCCAAGAGGUUGUCCCUGAAAUUGAACAGAAUCCACCUGUUGAUGUUGACCAAGAAGCACAUGACAGUGCAACCCCCUUGGAGAAGGCUGUGUUGAAGCCCAAGCGAGGGAGAAAACCUAAACAGGCUGAACAACCAGUGCCAGAGCAGGAAGAUGUGCCUUUUACUCACUGUGACCGUGUUCCCCAAGUUGACGUGGCUGAAGCAGAUGCAAAUGAUGUCUGCAGUGAGCUGGUCCUCAGUGAAAGUGAUGAAAAUCAAGAAGAACCCACAAUGGAGACUGCUACUGGCAAAGUCACCGAAUUAGACCCAACUGCCACCGAAGCGGAGCAUGAGAAGAAAUCAGUUCGAGGCAGAAGGGCAAAAACAGCUGAGGAUAAACGAGAGGCAGCAGAACCGUCUGAAGAUCCUGUCGUCCCUGCUCCAGUCAGAGGAAGAAGAGGGAAGAAAACUGAAGCUGCAGCCCCACCUGCUGUGAAACAAACCAGAGGCAGAAAUGCAAAGUCUCAAGAAGUCGGCGAUGUUGAGCCCACAAUGGAGGAAAGUACGUCCCUGCCUCCCAAAGUUGUCCUUAAGCCUAAAAGAGGAAGAAAUGCCAAAACCGCCUCCGAUGAGCAACCUGAGAUGGGACCAGAGAAAGUUGUGGAAAAAACACUGGUGACUGAGAUUUCCACUGAAGAUGUGAGUGACCAGACUCUAAUAAAAGAAAAUGAUGCUGCCCCCCCUGCAGAGGAAGCUGUCCUGAAGCCUGUUAGAGGGAGAAAAACUAAACCAACUCCCGUUGAGCCACCUCAGCCGGAGCCAGAGAAAAAUGAAGUUAUGGUUAAUGAGUCUCAUACAGCCGAUGCACAACCUCAAAAGUCCAUCCCUUCUCUUGGAAAAACCACAAGAGGGAGACAGACCAAGCCUGAUGCUGUUGACCGGAAUGAGGUGAUGGAGGACACAGUUGUUGCUGUGGAGACCGAGCAGCAAUCUCAGCUUCCAGUCAGGGCGAGGAGGGGAAGAAAUGCUAAACAGGAAGAAGAAAAGCUAGAGUCUGCUUCCGCUGAGACUGCUACAUCCCUGGAGCCGGCUAAAAAACUGAUGAGAACCAGGAAGGCAGAGCAAGACGUAAGACCGAGAGAAGUCCAAGCCAAGGAAAUGGUUAUUCCAGAGAAGACUGAAGUGAAGACGGAUGAACAGACCACAGUGGCUGCAAAACCCAGGCGAGGAGGACGGAAAGCCAAACAAGACCCUGAGCUUGAAACCCCUGUGGAGUCCACUGAGGUCCAAGAGGUCACUGCCGUCAGCUCCACAGACAAACUCAAAAGGGGUAGGAGAGGAAAACUAGUAACUGAAGAGGCUGGAGUCACUGCUGUGGUACAAGAGGAACAACCUGACCAUGAGCUAGAGGCUGAAAAGAAGAACAUUGCUGAGCCAGACACUCCAGUCACUAAACCAAGCAGGUCAAGGGGGGUGAAAACGUCUGUAAAAAAGGAGGUUUUGCAAGCCAUUCCAGCCAAGAGAGCCCGUCGAGGUGCAGCUCUUCCCCUUGAGGAGCCCAAUGCAGAAUCCACAGAGCCUGCGCCAACUUCAGUAGAGCCAGCCAAAAGAGGGAGACGGGCAGCAGCAAAGCCCACCGCCGACAAUGCCACGGCGACCGGAGAGCAGCCGAAACCCGCUGAAGAUUCGAGCAAUGCUUUUGUGGAAGACACCCAAAUGGCCAAAAGAUCCGUGAGGUGGAAAGCAGAUCUGGAAGUCUUUGACAUUUCAAAAGUAACACCUGUAAAGGCAGCUCGAGGUAGGAAACCAAAACUUGCGGUCCAAGUCCACACUGAAAGCAAAAAUGUGUCCAAGGAAGGUAACGAAGCUGAAGAGAAGGAUCUCUCAGACAACGUUGAAGCUCAGCCCGUCAAGAGAGCCAGGCGAGGGGCAAAGGUCGCCGAUGUCACCUCUGAUGAAGCGGCGUCCGCGCGCGAGGUGCAAAGUGUUGAGGCCGAGACACUGCCGAAAACCCGAAGAGGGAGAAUCGCUAAGAAAUAAAAGCAUUUGUAUAUAUUCUUAAUCACAUUUUUCUCUUUUUGUAAUUGUCAUUGUUCUUAGAUCGUAUUACAUUUUAGAAAGUAGUUUUAUAAACUGAAAAUUAAGCACUGUUUUUUGUUUAUUCAAUACAGCAGGGAAUUGUUUAACCAGUUUUGUUACAAGGUGUAUGUUGUUCAUUGAUGUUUUUUGCAAAUUUGUAUGGUGAAAAAAGUGAUUAAAUCUUUUAGUACAA